AACUUGUAUUCAUCACGUCGCGGACACACACAUUGCCCAAUCCUCUCUCUGUUCCCUCAUUCUGCCGGAACCAACUCACCGAUGGCUCUCCUUGUGCAGCAGCGUGUGGCCGUCGUCGCCCGCGCAGGCCGGUCAAGCCGUUCCCGUGUGGUGGUUCCAGCUAUCCGCGCAAGUGACGAGAAGAUUAAAAUUGGUAUCAAUGGUUUCGGUCGAAUUGGCCGUCUGGUGAUGCGCGCCACGAUGCUGCGUCCCGACAUCGAGGUGGUAGCUAUCAAUGAUCCUUUCAUUGACUCCGAGUACAUGGCGUACAUGUUCAAGUAUGACUCUGUUCACAAGACCUGGCCAGGUCACGUCGAGGGCAGCUCGAAGGGCUUCUUUGUCGAGGGCCGCAAACUCCACACCUUUACGGAGACGGACCCAACCAAGAUCAACUGGGCCGCCGCCGGUGCUGACAUUGUGAUCGAGAGCACGGGUGUCUUCACCGACAUUGCCAAGGCAUCGCAGCAUCUGGUGGGCGGCGCCAAGAAGGUUAUCAUCACCGCCCCAUCCAACGACGCCCCUAUGUAUGUCAUGGGCGUCAACCACGAUAAGUUUGAUCCAGCUAAGGACACCAUCAUCUCCAACGCCUCCUGCACCACCAACUGCCUGGCUCCACUUGCAAAGGUUAUCCACCAGAAGUUCGGCAUCAAGGAGGGGCUCAUGACCACGGUGCAUGCCUCCACUGCCACCCAGAAGACGGUGGACGGUCCCUCCAAGAAGGACUGGCGCGGGGGCCGUGCCGUCAACGGCAACAUCAUCCCAUCCUCAACCGGUGCUGCCAAGGCCGUCGGCAAGGUCCUUCCCGAGCUGAAGGGCAAGCUGACGGGUAUGGCCUUCCGCGUGCCGACUAACGACGUGUCCGUGGUGGACCUAACCGUCACACUGGAGAAGGCAACCACGUACGAGGACAUCAUGGCAGCGCUCAAGGCUGCCUCGGAGGGCGAGCUCAAGGGCGUGAUGGUCUACACCGAGGACGACGUCGUGUCUUCCGACUUUAUCACUGACCCCGCCAGCUGCACGAUAGAUGCCAAGGCCGGCAUCAUGCUGAGCCCCACAUUUGUCAAGCUCGUCGCCUGGUACGACAACGAGUGGGGCUACAGCAACCGCGUUGUCGAUCUGGCUGUGCACGUGGCCAAGAAGAGCGCCCUGGCGCCCGUGUAACACAGUAACAGUACUAUAAACCAGGGCUAUCUGGUAUUAGUGUUGAGCGAGGGGUUAUGGGAUGUGUUCUAUGGCCUCGGUUGCCUUGCUACGCAAAGACUGUGGCGCUUGGUUGCGGCGGUCUCGGAAGCUGCUGGUAUGCGGGCUGCCACUGCAUGCGGAAAACGAAGGAGGGGGUUCAACCGGGUUGGGCAGCCUCCUUGACCCGGCAAAUGAGUUCCGCCAUCUGGAGCUGAUGUGUGCGCGGCAGCAGUGCACGAGAGCUGUUGGUUGUUGGUUCGGAACAUUCUUUAAUGCUCCGGCGGGGUAUGAAAUUCUUUUAAGCGUAAAAUUGCGAUUUGGUCAUUUGGUUGGAAUUCGUUUGGAAAGAUAUUCGCACUAAGGCGUGCUGCGAGGCCGUGUGGCGACACUCGGACCAUGCCAUCAGGAGUGGUACCUGGAUUGUAAUAACAUGUUGCCGAAUUA